AUGUUCAACUUUGAAAACGGAAAAACAAAAGAAGACGCUGAGAAGCUUCAGGCUUAUCAGAAAAUUCAACAAGGAUUUCACAAAGAAGUGAAACGUCGAAGGCUUGGAAAUUGUAAAACUUUCGACUUCAUUUCUUCUAUAGAAAAUGGGCUUAAUGCUUAUCGUAUUACAUUCCCAAUCAAACAAUACACGCUCAACACGGCAAAAGUAGAAAUAAUCCGUCGUGAACAUGGGAAGAAGAAUAAAAAUUGCAGUUCAGUCGCCAAACAUCAUGUAGGUUGUUGUAGAACUCUCAAUCAUGGGAAGGUCAGAUUCUUAAAAACAUUUAACAAAGUUAACAACAAUGAAAGAACCAGGAAGUUGUACUUUCCACUUAACAAAUUACCUUCAAUUUAA